AUUCCGGGUAUGAUUCAUAGCAAACCUUACUUAUCUUCCACCGAAUCAUCAUAUUUUCUGAUCUCAGAAAUUAAACCAAUCUCGGUUCAAAAUGUCUCAUCUCGAACACCCACCUCAUGGAGGACAUGGUCAUGGCGAAGGGCAGCCAGGGCCAGGAGGGCCAGGAGGGCAUGGUCAUGGCGGGGGACAUCAAGAUGGGCAUGGGCAUGGUCCUAAAGGAGAAGGGCAUCAUGGAGGAGGCCCCGGCCAUGAAGGGGGUGGACAUCGUGAUGAUCAGCACGGCCAUGGUGGAGGAGGAGGAGGACAUGAUGGUGGUGGUGGACCUGGUGGUCGUCAUGGUGGUGGUGAGGGCGGUGGUCACGGUGGUGGGCAUGGCGGUGGGCACGGCGGUGGGCAUGGUGGUGGGCGUGGUGGGCAUUAAAGAUAUCAGAUCAGCUUCCUCCUCGCCAAUAUCUACGUAUAAUUAAUGUUAGAAAAUAAGGUGCUCUCUGUGCAGUGUAGACAGAAAGCUCUAAGAAGUAAUGUAUGUGUGGAGUGAGAGGCCAUGGGAUAUGUUUCCGAGUUCAUGCGGUUCUACAUCUCUACUAUUCCUCCCACGUUAAUAUGUAUCUCUUACUACUAGAUGUGUAAGUACAAAUAAAGGAGCCUUUUUUCUUUCUUUAA